AUGUCAGACUCACCAGAAGGAAGACCGUCAGCUCGUUGCUUGUUACUUAAAGGUUUCACAAGAGCAGGUUUCCAGUUCUUCACAGAUUAUGAGAGCAGGAAGGCAAGAGAUUUGGCCAGUAAUCCUUAUGCAGCGUUGGUUUUCUUCUGGGAACCUUUGCAUCGAUCUGUUCGAGUACAAGGUUCUGUUGAGAAAGUGUCGGUAGAAGAAUCAACGGAAUAUUUCCGUUCUAGACCACGUGAAAGUCAGAUUAGUGCUUGUGCUAGUAAACAAAGUUCAGUCAUUGAGAGCAGAGAUGUUUUGACUAAAAAAACUGAUGAGUUGAGGAAACUAUAUGCUGAUAAAGAAGUACCGAAACCUGAAAACUGGGGUGGAUUCCUAGUGAAGCCAGAAGUUGUUGAGUUCUGGCAAGGUCAGAGUACCAGAGCUCAUGACAGAAUUCAGUUUCGGAGACCAAAAAAUGGAGAAGUUGUCGAUGAAAAGAUGACACACACGGGAGAUGAUGGAUGGGUAUAUGAAAGACUAUCACCAUAGCGACAAUUUAUCUAUGUCUUGAAUUAUGCAUUAUGUGUAAUUAAAGGUAUACUGUUAGAUGUAGGGCACCAUUUAGUGAUAACAGAACGUAAAGAUGAAAUGCAGUAUUGUGAACAUGUUGAGCUCGUGCUCUGAGAACAUUCGUCUUGGGAAUAUUAUGUGACCUAUUUAGUGGCAUGGAAAAUAUUUAACAUUCACCCUUGUUUCAAAUUACUGUGAAAGGGAGCAAAUAUGAAUGAUAUCAAGCCAAAAAGAUUGCCAAUAUGCUGACGCAUUGAAAUCACUGCAAUUUCAACAUUUAAUAAACAUUCCGAUAAAUUUGUACAUAUUUCUGCCAAAUAUUUCACAUAAUAGUAGAUCUCAAUAAAUCUAUACAAUUUUUCUCAGUGCAUCUUCAAUGAAAUAUACACUAUGUACAAUGAACACGUUACCAUAUUUUAAUACUCUAUUAGAUGCACAUGACCAUAUAUAAAUGUUCUGUUAAAAAGAAAAAUAUAAAUGGAUCAGUAGGUUUUUAUAAUCACUCUAAAUUGCAAAUAUUUUUGUCUCGUAUGAACCUCUAUUAGAGAUGUACUUCUAAAGGAACAAAUAUGUAAGUUACAUAAGCAAAAAAACUGGAAAUAUAUUCUAGCAUAAAAUAUGUAAUUGUGACCCUAUCGUCAUGAGGUCAUUCAUAUCUCAAGAAAAUAGGAAACCAGAGAAAUAAUAUAAUAAUUAUUAUUGUAGGCAUAAAUUACAUAUUUGUUGCAAAAUAAAAAAAGAGUAUGC